AUGUCUCACGGAGCCAGCAUCAAACCGGCUGAGACCCAGCUUGAGCCUGUCAAGCUCAUCAGCCUUGAAGAAAUGCAAGGUUGCAUGGCAGCAGUCUACGAGUGGGCAGACAGCUACGACAGCAAAGAUUGGACUCGCCUCAGCAAAUGCAUCGCACCCACUCUCCGCAUUGACUACCGCUCCUUCCUGAACAAGAUCUGGGAAGAGAUGCCAGCAGACGAAUUCAUUCAGAUGGCCUCAGACCCUCACGUCCUCGGCGACCCACUACUCAGAACCCAGCACUUCAUCGGCGGCACAAAGUGGGAGAAAGUCAACGACGACGAAAUUAUCGGCUACCACCAGCUCCGAGUACCUCACCAGAAGUACGCCGAUGAGUCGAUGACCACAGUCACAGUCAAGGGCCACGCACACUCCUUCAACAUGCACUGGUAUAAGAAGGUCAACGGAGUAUGGAAAUUCGCAGGGUUAAACCCAGACAUCCGAUGGUUCGAGUACGACUUUGACAAGGUGUUCGCGAGCGGUCGUGAAAAGCAUGGCGAUGAGGCUGCGCAGGCGGCUCAGGCUUCUGGUGCGUCGUACAAGAUUUCGAAGUUGAAGCUGGACUUUACGAAGGUGGAUGAUCCGUUGUUGAUGCAGGCUAAUGCGAUCGUUACAGGAAUUCCACCCAAGGCAUAA